AUGACAAAGCAGAUGACUAAUACAACUACACAGGAGGCACAACAAGUGAUCAACACAUCUGCUACAAAUAUAGCACAAGGAGGAAGGCCAAUCAUGUUUACUCAAGAGCAAUAUGACCAAAUAUUGAAGUUGAUCAGUACAGGUGAAAAUGCAAGCUUUGCAGGUACAUCUAAGAUCUUUGUUACAAAUGAAAAGGUUAAAGAUGAGAAUUGGAUAGUAGACUCCGGUGCAACCAACCACAUGGUUCACACCAGAGAGCUACUUGACAAGAUAAAUACAGAUAUCCUAGGCAAUGCACCAAAGGUAUAUUUACUUGAUGGAACUUCACUUGAUGUUGAAUGUACUGGAGAGAGUAGAAUUGAUGAAAACAGUACUGUUAAGAAUGACCUUCACAGUGGGAAGCAUCAGAAACUUGAAGCCAAGGCUGCAAAUGUACAUCUUCAGAAAUCAACUAUGCAGGAGGAGGACUUAAAGGUGUGGCAUGGAAGACUUGGACAUGCUCCAAAUAGAGUAGUGAGACAAAUUCCAAACAUGAAGUUCAAAACUAGUAGUGAUGAAAUAAAGGAAUGCACAAUCUGUCCUUUGGCUAGACAAGGCAGAUUGCCAUUCCCUAAGAGUACAAGUAGAUCAGAUAAACCAUUUCAAUUGAUUCAUGUGGAUGUCUGGGGUCCAUAUAGAGGGGAAUAUGUGCAGGCAACCAUUUAUGUCAUAAACAGGUUUCCUCUAUCAGUGUUGUUAGGAAAAUUAUCUUUUGAGAUGUUGCAUGGAAGAGUGCCAUCUUUAAAGCACCUGAGAACCAUAAGGUGUCUAUACUUUGCUAAGGUUGUGGGAGGAAAGGAUAAGUUUGCAGCUAGAUUAGUUGGAACUAUGUUGAUGGGAUAUUCAUUAUCCCAGAAGGGAUACACACUGUAUAAUAGUUUAACUAACUCUUUCUUUGUAAGCAGGGAUGUCAAGUUUAUGGAGCAUGUCUUUCCAUUUCAACUACUUAAGGAAGGAAAAUUGCAGCUCUUCCCUAAUGGUGUACUGCACUAUCCAGUCACUACUGAUGUUAUUCCUGCACAAAUCAACACAUAUGAUGAUAAUGCAUCCUUUUCAGCAAUGCCACCUGUUGCAGACAACCACACUGCUAAUACACAACCUUCAUCACCACUUCCCUUAUUCUCAGAAGACACUCCAUCUCAGCAAUCACCUCUUUCAGAACACGAUACACAUGUUCCUGUGGGUCCCUCAUUAAGGAAGUCAGCUAGGAUUACUAAGAAGCAUGUGUGGCUACAAGAUUAUGUCUGCAAUGGUUCCUUGACAAGGUUUGAAGGGCAGCAGCUUUGCAAAUACCCAAUGCAUAACUAUUUGACUCAUGCAGGUUUUUCAGUCAAGCAUCAAUAUUUGUCCAAAAUUACCGGCAUUAGAGAGCCUUUGACUUAUGAGGGGGCUGCAUCAGACCCCAAAUGGCUUGAUGCUAUGCAUCAGGAGUUGAAUGCACUCAAGGGCAACAGGACCUGGACUAUGUAG